AUGUUCAACAGAGUCUACAAAGCUUAAGAAGAUCAACUAUAUUUAGAUAAAGACAUUCAUACUAUUAGAUUGUAAAUCCCUGAAAGCGACUUGAAAUCCCAAAAAUCAAGUAGAUUGACUUCUUAAAGUUAAUAAAUCAAGUUAGUGACUAACACAACUAGGACUUAAUAAUAUCAACAAAUAACUAGUAACGCUUCGUUGGUUUCAGAAAAAUUACUUAUUGAUUUAUAAAUUGUACAAGAAGAAAACGUAAAAUUAAUCAGUCAACUCCAAGUCUUGUAAAUGAAUAAUAAAUAAUACUAAAAGGAAAUAUAGGAUUUUGAUGAGAAAUCAAAAUAGUUGGAAAGUAAAUAUAAGGACUAGUUAUUGCGUAUUUAAUUGGAAAAUGAUAUAAGUUUUAAGAAAGUUGAAUAAGAAAAUGUAAAAUUGCUCAGCCAAGUUGAAGUAUAUCAAAAAAAGCAAUCACAAUACGAAAUUUUGAUAGACGACUACUUAGCCCAAAUUGAUAAACUUAAUGCCAUAAACAAUUCGUUUUAGUAGUAAUUGCUCCUUGUAUAGAAGGAUUGUUCUAACUGUUAUAAGGAUUAGGAUAAAUAGAUAUAAAAGCUGAGUGAAAUGAACCAAUAGCUCUUAACUCAGAUUACCUAAUUAAAUAACUAAAAGAACACAGAUGCAUUACAGAUAAAAGAUUUAAGCAUUCUAAACUAAACUCUUUAAGAUCAACUAAAUAAGCAUAAGGAUGAAAUUAUAUUGCUUAAUCAGAGACUAAAGGAGCUUUAAGAUCAAAAUUCCUAAUUGAGUUAGAUGAAUACUGAAUAUCUGAAUCAAAUAACUAUGUUUCAAACUUAAGUGUCGGAAGUGUAAGGUAGAUGGUAGCAAAAUACUUAUGAAAGAGAAACGAAAACAAGACUAAGUGAAUAACAAUCCAGAUAAUCUACAUCUAAUAAUGGCAGAUAAAUUGAGGAAUUAAAUAACAAGAUUCUGAAUCUUAAUAAUUAAUUAAAUUAGGCAAAUCAAUAAAGGUAGUAAUUGUAAUAGGAAUUAUAUUAGUUGAAAAAAUAAUUGUAAUAGGAAUAAGAAGAUAGACUUUCAAUAUAAUCCAGGCAAUCGAAGUCAAUUCAACAGUCAAAAUUAAUAAUAGAAUUGGAAGAGAGGAUUCGAUCACUUCAGUAGUAAUUAUAGAAUGAACAAAUGAGUAAAUCUGUCAAUAAUGGAGAUUUAGACCUAAAGAACAAAUAAAUCUUAAUUUUAGAAUAAAAGACUUUAAAGUUAUAAUAAUAGUUGGACCAAUUACAAGUUCAGACAGAGGAGGAGAAAAGUUUAUUGUACAAAGAAAUAGAUCAGUUAUCUGAUUAAAAUAGAAGGGCCAAACAGUUAAAAAAUACUGAGUAUGAUUUAGAGUAUAGGAAUUCAAUUAAGCAAAAAGAAACAUUAUAGUAAGAGCUUAGUAAGGCCAAUUAAAGUAUUCAAAAGUAUUAGAGCAGGAUAAAAGCAUUAGAGGAGUAAAUUAUGUAAUUGAGCAAUGAAAGUUCGACGAUAGAAAAAUAGAAUAGAUUUAUUGUAGAUUUGGAGGAGAAGUUAAGACAAUUUCAAAGAAAAUACGAAUUAGAAAUAAAAGAAUAUAGAGUUGAAAAUUAACAGCUCAACCAGUAAUUGGAGAAGGCUUAGUCAGAAUUUCAAUAGAUCAAAUAGAAAUAUUCAAGGGAAAUAGAAGAUGUGGAGUCUAGACUGUAGAGAGAGAAUCAGAGAGUUUCUUUGUAAUUAAAUGAUAAGGCUGCAGAUUUAGGUUAGUUGGAAUCAAAGAAUAAGCAAUUGAGGGAAGAGUUAAUGAAUUUGGAAUCAAGAUAUGAAAAGUAAUUAAGAGAAGCAAAUAACAGAAUUAAGGAUGUUACGGAUGAUUUGGAGAUAAUGAUUGAAAAUUAUAAGAAGGAGAAAUAGUUAAGUGAGAAGUGGCAAAGCUAGAAUGAAGAUCUAAGAAGGUAGCUAUCAGUUUAAGUGGAGGAUGUAAAAAUAAAGACAGAAAGAUUAAGUGUGGAGAAGUAUGAAAGAUUGUCAAUAGAAUCAAGAAAAUAGAUUGAGUAGGUUUAAUAGUAAAUGAAUAAUGAAAUCAAUUAGCUUUAGCAUGAGGUGAGAAUGAGAAAUGAUUAGAUAAAUCAAUUAAAGCAAGUGAGUUAAUAGUAGGAAUAGAAGAUCAGUAAGUUUGAAAAGUAUAUACGGGAUUUAGAAGAUUAAUUGCAACAAUUAUCUAGAAAGGAGGAUAUGUUGAAUUAGUCAAAAAAUUAAUCAUUGGCGGAUUCUUUGAAUGUAAAGAUUAUGCAGUUAGAAAAUAAUUUAAUUAAGGCUUAGAAAAAGGAAGAUUAAUUGAUUUAGAGGAUUCGAUAAUUAGAGCAAUAGCAGAAUUAAAAUAGAAAUACAAGUGAAAUGGAAUAAAAGAACAAUUAAAUGUUUGAGGAGAUAUAGAUAUUAGUGUAAACUAUUAAAAGCUAAGAUUUUGAAAUAUCAACAUUAAAGAAUGAAUUAAUUUCAUAUUAAAGAGAAGUAUCAUUUAUGAAGGAGGUUGUAAAGGAAGAUACAAGUAGAUUGGAGACAUCACUAUUGGAUGAUAAGAAUAGGAGAAUUGUUGAAUUAGAGAAUAAGUGUGCAUUGUUGGCAAAUGAAAAUACAAGAUUGAAUUAAUUAAAAGCAAAUCAAUUUGAUGAAUGGAAGAGAAAAUAUGAUAAAUUACAAUCGGAAUUGGAAAGAAGUCUAAACCUAAGAGGAUAGGGUGAAUAGAACAAGAAUGUUAUAUUGUCUAGCAAUUUUGGAUAAAUAUCAAAUGCAAAAUGA